GCGCGGCGUUUCCCGCCGGACGCUCUUCGGGGAAGGAACGCCGGUGGCCAUGGCAGCCCGCGCCGCCGGCGGGAGCGGCUGAGGCGGAGCGGCUGGAGCGGGGCUGGAACGGGGCUGGAACUGGGCUCUCUGCCCGCCAGGCACGGCGCCCGCGCCCGCGACCUGCGAGGGAGCCGCGCCCCGGAGCCCUCAGGCCGCCACUGUGAGUCCUCAGCACUACGGGAUAUCCAGAACUUCUGCUUCCAGUGGAAGAUGCAGAGCCCAUGUUUUUAUCCCAAAUGGAUUUUCCUAGAGAAGCUGCAGUGCAGGAAGAUCCUUCACUGCUACUGGAGGACAGCAGAGAACCUGAAGAUGAUGUCUUUAUUUCUCAAUAUGCUACUGGGCAGAAGGAGGCUCUGAGAGCAGUGUUAAAGCAAAAAGCUCAGAAUACUCCUGUACUUAAGGAGGUGAAGGUGCAGCUCCUGGGAAAUGCCUCCACGGAAAGAAGGGAAGGUGUUGGACAUGACCCCGGGUCAGCACCCAGGGAAGUGGACUCUGCAACAACCAUUGCAGCAGCCACUGCUGCUGCCAUUGCCAGCACAGCCCCACUCCUCAAGGUCCAAAAUGAUUUGGAAGCCAAAGUGAACUCAGUUUCAGCAUUACUUAAUAAGCUGCAGGAGACAGACAGACACCUGCAACGUGUGGCUGAACAGCAAACCCAUCUGAGGGCUCAACAGGAGAAGCCCCACUGUCACCACAGAGUCAGUGAGCUGGAAAAACAAAUGAAUGCUUUCAUGGUGCAGCGGAUUCAGCAUCUGGAAAAGCUACAGGAGCAGCAAAUGAAUAUUCAGUCUCAUCUCCUCAGCUCUGCAGUGAACACACGUGGGCUCCAGCAGAGUCCUGUGCCCUCCUCCAGUCUCCUGACAAAGCAACCUGAGCAGCCAGAGCAGAGAUCACUCACUAACCAAGUGCCUUUGUCUCAGAGGGGUUUGUUUCCUCCCAGUGAUGUUCCUGCCCAAGCAUUUUCAAGCCACUUUCCAAGUAAUGGGAUUCCUACACAAACAUCUCCUCUGAAGACCCCAGUUCCUCGCAGGUGUGCCCCAGAGCCUGUAUCAAAAAAUGGGAGAAUCUCACAGAAAGAAAACUCUGGGAUGGAAAAGGAAAAUAUUCCCAAAGCUACAAGUGAAGGUGAAAGGAAACUUCUGGAGCAUAUUCCAAGUACUCAAGAAAUGCCACUGAGGCAAAAUGAAUAUUCCAAGAAAACAACGUUAAACAGCAAUGAAGUGAGCUGGCAUUCUGAGAGAGACAGGCACAAUGCUUUGCAUACAGAGCCAGUCCCUGCUUUUGAAAGCUACAGUUCAAUUGAGAAGACAGUGAAAAAAGCAGAUGAUUUACUUCAAGAUCUUGGCCAGUUGAGAAGAGAAAUGCACAACAUGCUCCAGGAAGCAAAUUCAUGGAAAUCUGACAUGAAUGAUCUUAUUAAGUCCAAAGGUCCCACUGUUGCACCUGAUCCUCCUGAACAUGCUCUGCUCGAGAGACCAUCCAUCCUUCAAAACGUCCAAGUGCCCAAAUCCAUCCUGAGGGAUGCUGAGAGGACUUUGAGAGGAGUUCAAAGCAAUAAGAAAGUCCUCGAGGAGAAUCUGGAAGCUGUCACUCGUGCAAAGGAUGGAGAUGCCACAUAUUCCUUCAUUAACAGCUUGACUGCAGCCAGAGAUAUAUUGGAAGAGAUCCGUAUCAGGAGGACCGUGGAUGAGUGGAUCCAGGCAAUCAGUGAAGAAAUCCAGGCCGAAAUGGCAAGAAAUGAUUCAGAACAUGGGAAAUAUGAUCCAAAAUUCUCAUGGAUCAAGAGAGCCCAAAACCUCAAGGCCAUGAAGGCCAAGAAAGAAAUGAAAGCGAAAACUCAAAAAAUCCAAGGUGGCUCGACAAAGAUGCAUCUAUGUGCAGCUAUGUUAUUGCAGAAGCAAGAGGAGGAUAACACCAGGAAACAGAGGCUUAGAACUUAUUUUCCUGAAGGUUUGCAGAGGAGAGAAGGAAGGGCAGAUGGCCCUGGGAGUGGAAAUGCACUGGUACUAAGUGAAGAUUAUCUGUGUCGAGUUUAUGGGAAACCAAUUUACCAGGGCCAUCGCAGCACCCUCAAAAAAGCCCCAUAUCUGAGGUUCAACUCUCCCUCUCCCAAAUCCAAACUUCCAAGGCCCAAGGUGAUAGAGUGUGUUAAAGGUACAAAGGUUAAGUCAGCAAGAACCCAGACUUCUUCUCACACACAGAAGGUCAUCACCCGCCCCAGGAAACAGCAUCCUGUGUAUGCUCUUGCCCAGGAAAAUCAGUAUCUCUUCAGUCCCAGUCAAGAUGUGCCUCCUGCCUAUGGUCCCCUUGAAGGUCACCUCAUUCCCAUGGCUAUUCCACUAGGUCAGACCCAGAGCAGCACAUCCCUGCAGCCUGCUGGGAUCAUUGUAGACAAACCACACCCUGUCACAGUUACAACCUCCCUCCCUCAAGUGCCAAAACCUCCAGUUGAGAUAAAAAAACCAAACAUAGCUGUGAUAGAGAUGAGAUCAGAGAAAAAGGAUCCACCUCAGCUCUCUGUGCAGGUGUUACCAAAUGUGAACAUUGACAGUGCUUCAAGUGAGAGUGUAAACCAUGUUCUUCCAGACUCUGAACCUGCACUUCCUCCUGUGGAUGCUGUAAUACAGACCCCAGAAGAUAUACACAGCGAAGAGGAAGACACAAAGUUUCCAGGAACUAAUUUCAUUGAUGUCACUGAUGUCAUGGAGGAUCAGGAAGAGGAGAGGGAUGAAAUUCCAGAGUUCUCUGAGCCUCUUCUGGAGCUUAAUGGCCAGUUUAAAGUUGCCUCACCAAAAUACAGCGGUCCUUUGUUUCCUCCGGUGGCUUCUGCUCCUCAGCAGCCUGCUGAUGUUUUGGAUGAACUGAUUCAAAGGAGAGAAACCAUUGAAAACAGGCUGAUAAAUUGGGUGGAGCAGGAAAUAAUGGCAAAAAUUAUCAGUGGGAUGUGCCCAGCUCAGAAGGAAACAGUGUCCAGUGUCAGCACCUCGGAGAGUGGAGACGAGGAGGUUGUAACCCCUGACAUUGUUGAAGUUGCAGGUGGAGGCGGAUUUCAGCUCUUCGUCAAUGCUGGUGUCCCUGUGGACUCAGAAAUGAUAAAUCAUUUUGUAAAUGAGGCUCUCAGUGAAACAAUUGCAACCAUGCUGGGUGACAAUCAGGCUCAGAGAGCAGUUCCUGCUCCAAAUGUUCUUCCAAGCACAGUGACUAAGGUGGAGUCUCCUGUGCCUACACUACUGCCAACCCCCCAGGCCACACCACCACCAACACCACCUUCAGAAAAGGAACUGCCCCCAGUCAAAACUCCAGAGUCAUCCCCAUCUCCCACAGAAAUGAGUGGGGAUGUUCAUGAGAGUGAAAAACGUAAAGAAACAGGAGUUGGGAUUCCAGCAGCCACGGGCCGUGUUGGCACACCCGUGGUUACCCCUGUCAAUACACCCACGGCAACCACACCCAGCCCUCCUGCCUCGGAGGGGGGCUCCCACGCUGCCAAAAUGGAAAGUCCAAAGCCUCCAAACCCGUGGGAUGGUGCUGAACUUCCUCUGGAAGAGGAGAACCCCAGUCCUUUGGCUGAGGAGCCCUUCCGUCCCAAGGCCGUUGAGAUGUCAGUGGCUAAUGAUGAGGAACCAGAGGCCUUGAUUUUACCAUCCCCACAGCCCUCAGCGAGGCCCCUGGAAGCACUUCCAAGCAACCCCCAGGUUCCAUCCCCUGUGCCUACGGUUAGUUCUGGAGUGUCCACACAGGAAAGCAGCAUCACCCCCACAGAAACUGAAACUACAGACAGACCCAUCUCAGAAGGGGAGGUGCUCUUCAGCUAUGGACAAAUGCUGGCUGCAGGAGCAGAAGGAGGACUGUCUCUUCCAAACCUCACUGAGAGCUUAUCCAGCACUUUACGAGAUGCCAAUGAGAUGGAUUAUGAUCCUCCGAGUGAAGGGCAAGUUGUGAGGAGACUGGAUAAAGGAUUUCAGAGGGAUCCUGUCCUGACUCUUUUAGCCAAAUUAAAUCAAGCACCUGUUUCUCCACAAGAGGGAAUAGAUCAUUUGGAGGACUCUGAUGGCAGCGUUGGGGAGCUCAGUGAAGGUCAAAGACCAAGGUUGACCAGAGCAGAAGAGAGAAUCCUGCUGGGACAUUCCCUUUAUCUGGACCAUCCAGCUGCUCAGAGCUCUGGGAACAGACCAUGCCGGGGAUUCCAUCCUGCGUCCCCAGGGCAGCUCACCCAAAUUGGAGCAGAAAUUCUUGGAGAUGCAGAUACAAGUCAUGGUCCGAUGCUUUUGGCUGAGCUGGAAUCACAGCCAGCUCCAAAUCCUGCUCUGGGAGCAGCCCAACCAGGCUGCACAGUGACAUCUCUCUCGGAGGAUCUGUCCCAGGAGGAAAGCCAAGGAGCUGCACAGGUUGAGACUGUGAGACCACGAGUUAUCCUUGUGAGAAGGAUGUCUGAAGAGAUGCAACAAGAAGGAGAAGAUGCUGCCCCACAUUUGAAUCCCCAGGUUUCUGCAGCCAAGGUGUCAGAGCAACUGCCUGCCAGAAACACAGAAGACGAGACACAGAGUCUGAGCAGUGCACGGAGAGACUCGGAUUCUUCAGGGACAGACACAUUUUAAAGCUUAUGGCUGCUUAUGACAGUCACUGUCUAAAGAUUUCAUGCUUGGUACAUUUGUCUGUCUAGUGUGAUAGUCUGGGUGUUCUAUCAAAAUAACAGUCUUUCAGCACUGUUUAUUUUCUACUGUUUUUCUGAUAAUUUUGUUAUCGUUUUAAAUUAAGGCAGUGAUUGUCUGUGAAUAUAUCAGGUAUUUUUAAGCAAAUAAAUUGCAGUUCUUUC